CCAUAAACAAACGUGCCUGCAUUUGUGGGCGUGUUCAGGCUCAAACCGUGGACGAAAAAUGCCGGAGAACAAAAGAGAACAAUAUCGUCCGCGAUUCCAAGCAUACGUCCGCGAUUGGGGUCAUGUACAAAACAUAUGGGAGUCAUCCUUAAAAGUUAAAGUACAAACAAAAGAGGGUCAAUUGGAAGUCCACGAUCAACGGUGUGAAUACCACUGCGUGUGUGCGUGCGUGCAUCCUUAUUUUUGGUUGGACUUAAUGUAUGUCAUGAACCUUGAUAGUGAGCUGCAAUCGGCUGAAUGAGAAAGUGUCCCGGAUGCUGAUUUCGGGCGCAAUUCGCAACUUGACUCGGCAACUUUUGAAUUGAAAUCAAGAUCCUAAAAUAUUGUUUUAGAACUCGGAACAUACAGCAUUCGUUGAACUGAAACUUCAUUAGGCUACAUGUAGUUGUUAACCACUGGUCUUGAGAUUUGAGCACUUUUGUUGCUUCAAAUGAAAAUAAAUGACAAAUGAUGUACUUUAUCUAAAAGAACUUCGCCUCCCUCCAAAAGCAAUGUUCUUUAAAUUCUUUAAAUGCUUCGCGAAUUGUGUAUUUCCAUGACCAUUCAAUGUUUGUUACACAAGAAAAGGUCCACUUAUGGUGAAAAGGACACUCCCCUUCAAACUGAAGGACUGCUUCUUUCACUGAUGUCCACAAAAUGAAUAUUUUCACAGGGAGUUUAGUCCCCUUACUAUUUAAACCAAUUGUGUUUUUCAACAACGUCAGUUACUUUUUGGAUAGCUGCAAAUGAUGGACUGUAGCUUUAACCCCUACAUGUACAUGGGUUGGCUACGGCCCUGAAAUGUACAGCACCAAAUUUGUCAUAAGGUGCAUGUAACUUAUCUUUUUCUGUCUUUAACAUAGUUUCCACAGAAUGAAAAAUAGACUCCCUUUCAAUUCAGCAGGCAUUGCCCUUGGUGGGCAUUCAAUACUUUUUUAUUUUUAACAAGACUUAUAUUUUGUGGAUGUGUCGUGUUCUAUUGAAUUUGGAAGAAAGAACGAAACAAGGAAGCUGCGAGCUUGAAAACCAAAAAUAGGAUACAACCCAUCAUUAUGUGAUCUUGAGAGUUGCGUUUUCAGUUUUGAUGUGCUGUUUCGUAAUUUAGCGUUUUAACCAGAGCACUGUAUCUUCAAGGUCAUUUUGUCAGGGUGAAAGUGGCCACAAGCGCGUCAGUUUCGAUGUGAUCCACUUACGAAAGUAUUUAAGUAGAACACCCGCUCUUGAAGAUCAUUUUGCGUUCUCGUGAAGAUCAUUUUGCAUUGUCUUAGCAGCCACAUUGCAGUAAGUCGCCAUUAACAAAGUAUGGUGUACAAUCGACAUUGAGCCUCAAACACUGAUGCUUAUACGCUUUCUCAAUUUCAACUAAACCAGCAAUCAAACUUGGUGUCACAUGCUGUCACUUGACUUAAGAGGACACACGGGACAGAUAGUUGAGUGCAGAGUCAAAACUUCUUUUCCUAUUAAAGUUGAAGUGGUGAAAUACAGAGAACACUGGCUUCAAACAGCUGUUGGUUGGAAACUGUACCCAAGUGGAACAGCAACUGCUAUUUCAGAUUGUCCUUCAUGCACUUGUUCAAAUCUUUGUUUCCUGUGUACUAUUUGGGAGGCAGACUUUUCAACGGGUGCCCAAUCUGAAAACUGGAAGGUGGCAUCGUUCGUCUGGCCAGCUGUGACCCGAUCGCGACACGGUGGCUGUCGGAAAUGGACCUUGACGUUUGAUUCAGCUACAUGUACCUUGACUUUUGAUUCAGCGCUGCAUACGAGAGAGGGAGAGUUUGUUCUUUUUGCCACUGCGUUGCUGCUGAACAGACCUGCAGUUAUCCUCACCAGUCAAACGUGUCUUGCUUGAUUUUGUCAUCAUCUGGGAAUCACGCUUUUCUUCAGCCCUCCAUUCAGUGUGAGCAAAUUUCUGCUGUGUUUCUCUACCCAUCAUACCAUUAUCUGUACAGGACACAGAACAAUCACAUCUACUGUUGUUGACACUGCUUAAAAUAUACAUCAGCAGGAAGACUCUGUGUCAAUCAUGUGGUUGUACCAUGAAAAUGUCACCGUCUAUGCCCAAGCCACAGCAUCCCUUGCACAGCUGGACAUUCUGGUCUGUACCUUCUUCACCUGUGUCUUCCAGAACAACAGCGACAACUGCUCCGUGGCCUAUUCCCUUCCUCAGAUGGACCAUCCACUGAUCUGGGAUGAAACAGGACCAUCUCCCUGGGCAGCGAUGAAUGAAUCCUUUGAUGCACCGAGCAAUGAAAGAUACAAACUGUUGAACCACUCGUUGCAAAUCCUUGGUUUUGAGAAUCUGGCAGAGGCUGACAAGUAUGUGUAUUCCAACGCAGAGACUGUAAUGUAUGGUUUUGUCCUUCCUGUCCUCGAAGUACUAGGGAUCCUAUCCAUUCUGUCUUUUUUCUUUACCCUUUGCAGAGUUCCCUCCAUGUGGAAUGUCACUAAUUUCUACUUGAGUAAUUUGGCAGUUGCAGAUUUGAUGGUCUUGAUUUCAGAGGCCACUCAGCAGCAAUGUGUGGCUUUGCCAACACAAUCUACAUUGGAUGUAUCAUAUUUGGGGAACUCAGCCCAAGCAGUUCUUACUCUCUUAGCAUACACUGGGAGUGUGGGUGUUAUUUCAUCUAUAGCCUUUGUAACACUGCUGUCUUAUGAUAGAUAUUUUGCCAUCUGUUACCCUUUCCAACACCGUAAUCUCAAUCUGAAGCGACGGUCAAUACGAGCAGCAGUUUGCAUAUGGGUACUGUCUUUUUCCAUGAAUUUGUUUGUUUUCUUUAAUCGGUUUCUGGCCUUUAAUGUACCACCAAUCAAAUGUCUUGUUUGGCCAACUGAAGAAAAGUAUAAACAUCUAUCAGGUAAUGUGUGGGUGUAUGGGAAUAAUGAUGCAACUUUGUUGACUUUGAAUAUGGUUUUCACGUACCUGUAUUUCUGUGUAUUCUUGUUGAGUUUGAUCCUCACAGUCACUCUCAAUAUCCUCCUUAUUAAGGGACUGCAUGCAUCAAAUCCAACCGGUGAUCAGAUCCGAGGUCCGUCAAAACAUCUACGAAGAGUUACUCUGAUAAUUGGCAUCAACACAGCCGUGGUAUUUGUCUGUUUUCUGCCUCAAGCUAUAUAUAGCCUAAUUAAAAUUUUAGUGGGAAGCAGGAAAGAAGUGAAUGUAAGUGAUGAUGUGGAAUGGGGGUUGAGUCUGAUGACUGCUUGCCUCAGACUCAUGAACUCUUCCAUUAAUUCAGUCCUAUUCAAUGCAAGUAGUGGAAGGUACAGGAAGGCCUUUAAGCAAGCCUUCUGCUGCAGAAAGAGGCAGCAAGUACCAACAAACAAUAUCCCUCUGCAGACAUUACCAAGAACCAAUCCUGCUGAUCGGAUCAGAUCAUAGGAUCCAAAAGCAAAACUCCAGCCCCCCAAAAAAAAGAGAUAAGAAAAAAACCUAGACUUAUGUUUGUGGACAAACAGUUGUUUCCGCAACUUUUUUUGUGACAUAUGUGACAUGGAAAGUAUCAAGUAUGAGUUCCAUCCAGGAACCUGGGUGUGACAGCUUGAGGCUGACCAUACUCUGUCAGCCCUGACCUGUGGCUCACCUCCACUGAUUGGUUGGAGCAUGGAGGAAUAAGAAUUCCUCCAUGGUUGGAGUGGGUGGCUCAACGUCCCAUAGCUGGAUUUGGAGACUGAUGAUGAGGAAAAAUGUGUAGUUCUGUUUAUAAUAUAUGGUGGCAUGUAAAUAUGUGAUUACAUUCUCAUAGGGCU